AUGGCUGAAGCCUCCAAAGAUCUCCCCGUGCGCCCUGCCGCCGAGGCUCAAGCCACUCCUGAGACCGCUGCCCCGCCAAAAGAUGCGAAAUCGAAGUCCAAGGGCCCCCCGCCUGCUGAUGAGCUGCCCGAGUGGCUGAUCGAGCGCAACAAGCUUUUCGAGGAACUCUGGCAAGAACACCUCGAGCUCACCAAAACCCGUGACCACCCUGAGAUCAAUGUUACCCUCGAUGUCGGCGACGGUAACCCCUCCCCCGUCCCCGCCAAGGCCUUCGAGACCACUCCUGGAUCUUUCCUGCGCGAUGUGCCCAAGGAUGUGGCCAACAAUGUUGUUAUUUGCAAAGUGAACGGUGAACUUUGGGAUCUGAACCGUCCCCUUGAGGCCGAUUCCAAAGUCGUCUUGAUUCCAUUCUCCAACCCAGAGGGUCGUGAAGUGUUCUGGCACUCUAGUGCCCACACCCUGGGUGAGGCUUGCGAGUGUGCAUUUGGUUGUCUUCUCUCCCACGGUCCUCCUACGCCUCAAGGUUUCUUCUACGAUAUGGCUAUCCCCGGGGGACGUGUCGUUCGUGAGGGAGACUGGUCAGGAUUGGAUAACAGGGCGACCAAAAUCUUCAAGGAGAAGCAAAGCUUCGACCGCCUCGAGGUUACCAAGGAGAAUCUCCGCAAGAUGUUCGCAUACAGCAAGUACAAGCUGCACUACAUUGAAAAACUGGUGACUGGAGAGAAGAGCACUGUCUACCGCUGCGGUACACUUGUCGAUCUCUGCCGUGGUCCUCACAUCCAGAACACUGGCAAGAUAAAGACCUUCAAGAUUAUGCAGAACUCGUCGGCCUACUUUAUGGGCGAUCAAAGCCAGGACUCCUUACAACGUAUUCGUGGUGUCGCCUUCCCGGACAAGAAACAGAUGGUAGAGCACUUGAAGUUUUUGGAAGAAGCCGAGAAGCGCAAUCACUUGAGAAUCGGUAAGGAACAGGAGUUGUUCUUCUUCGAUGAAGUGUCACCGGGUUGUGCAUUCCUGCUCCCUGCUGGAACCAAGAUCUUCAAUGCCCUUCAGUCCCUCUUGCGAUCUGAAUACCGCAAGCGUGGAUACCAAGAAGUCCAGACCCCUAACAUGUACGAUGUGUCCAUCUGGAAGACUUCUGGUCACUGGGCUCACUACAAGGACGAUAUGUUUAAGCUGGAUAUCGAGAAGCGGGAGUGGGCCCUUAAGCCCAUGAACUGCCCCGGCCACUUCGUCCUGUUCGGCCACCGUGAGCGCAGUUACCGUGAGCUGCCUUUGCGUGUUGCUGACUUUGGUGUUCUGCAUCGAAACGAGGCAAGCGGUGCUUUGAGCGGUCUUACUCGUGUUCGCAAGUUCCAGCAGGAUGACUCACACAUUUUCUGUACCGAGGAUCAGAUCAUGUCCGAGAUUGAAGGCCUCUUCGAGUUCCUGCAAGCCAUUUACGGCCUCUUUGGUUUCACCUUCAAGCUGAAGCUUUCCACUCGGCCUGACAACUACUUGGGUGAGAUUUCUACAUGGAACUACGCUGAGGAGCAGCUGAAGACUGCGAUGACUAAAUUCAAGGGCAAUGACUGGACCAUUGAUGAGGGUGACGGUGCCUUCUAUGGCCCCAAGAUUGAUAUUACUAUCGCCGAUGCGCUUAAGCGUGAAUUCCAGUGUGCCACCAUUCAGCUGGAUUACCAGGCACCUAUCAACUUCAAGAUGGAGUACAUGACCAAUGAGAAGUCUGUAGCUCAAGGUGACGAGGCCAAGGAGGCCAAGAAGGAUGCUGAGGCUAAGCCCAAUGACCUUGCCCCUGGUCGUGCUCGCCCUGUAGUAAUCCACCGUGCCGUCAUUGGAAGUUUCGAGCGAUUCCUGGGUAUCUUGAUUGAGCACUUUGCUGGCAAGUGGCCCUUCUGGAUCAGUCCUCGCCAAAUUCUCAUUGUGCCGGUCAUGCCUGCCCUCAACGAAUAUGCCGAGGAGCUGCAGAAGAUCCUCCAAGGUGACAAGCUGAAUGUAGACAUUGAUAUCAGUGGCAACACCAUGCAAAAGAAGAUCCGUACUGGUCAACUGGCCCAGUACAACUUUAUUUUCGUGGUUGGUGCUUCUGAGAAGGAUAGCCGCUCUGUGAACAUCCGUAACCGUGAUGACCCAGCGACCCAGAAAUUGGGUGUGAUGGUACCUCUAGAGGAGGCUCGUUCCAAACUGCGUGCAUUGCGCAAGGAAAGACGCCUGGAUAGUACUCUGUAG